AUGUCUCGAAAGGAGGCUUCCCGCAAAACCAUCCUUCCCAAGACUCUUAAAGACUUGCGAUCUGUAAAGGACACAUUGGUUACUCCUCUUGAUACUGCAAGAACGACAGAUCAACCUCCAGAUGACCUGUUAUGGAAAGAGGAGGAUCCGUCUACGAAAUACAUUUUGUCUCAUAAGUUUAAUCAAGCGGGCGCAGGAUGGAUUGGUUUCGAAAACUGUCAAGGACUCCGCACGGUUUUUGUCAAAAUUGUCAAGGCUACGAGUCACCAAAAACUUCAAUUCCAUAAAACCGAUCAAGCCAACCUGAUCAACUUACAAGAAGUGUUUCAUUCAAAGAAUGUCACCUAUCUGAUUUAUGACUUUGAUCGCUGCGAUCUACCGCUAUCUAUGGUCCACGCUAGUCCAAAUGUCCAAUUCACCGAAGCUGAUAUCGCCAUAGUCUGUCGCCAAGUCCUCACGGGUCUUCAGUAUAUCCAUGAAAAACUCAAGAUCAGCCAUGGAUCUAUAAAACUUUCAGACUUGGUGCUAAGUCAGUCAGGACAGGUCAAAAUCGCCAAUAUCGGAGAAAGCAUGCUCCAAGGCAAGACUUUAGAGCACAGAAGAGGAGAUCUACAAGGACUGGCGCUGGUUUUGAUUCAUUUGAAAAACCCCCACACAAUCUUGGAAGAUGGGAGAAUGCAUGUAAAUAAUCCAAGAGAUGUGUCGCGUGAAGCUUGCGAGUUCAUCGAGAUGACCAAGAGCGCCACCUAUCGAGAACUAUUUCAAGUAAGUCAAUUCUAG